ACGAGUUGAAAAUUCGGUGCCUGUUCAUUGGAGAGCCUCGUGGAAUCGAAUCGUAAUGGAAGAUGAGAUAGCUGAAGUUGCCAAUAAAUCUUUAUGGUUAUACAAGUUAGGACCACUCUAUCAAUUUCAUGAAGAACCAUUAGCACAAAAGAUUGCAACGUUAAAAUCACAACUAUGCAGCAAGUUAGAGCUUAAAGAUGUGAGUGCAGGAAGCCGAUCACAAAACAGAAAAGGCAAAACGUUCAAAGGGGAGCUUCUUGAUGUGCGAAUCGAUCCCCUCUAUUUCAAAGAUGUCACAAGCUACGAUCGCGACGUCCGACCUCUCAAAUUUACCAUAGAGAUUGUAAAAUACAGAGAUAAUCGGCAAGCGAAGCAUUUUAUGUUCAUGAUACCUGCACCUCGUGUCCCAGAAAACGGUCAGGCUGAACGUGGCGAUGUAUUGCCCAACAAUGGCAAUGAGCAUAUGGCUUACUACCCUCUUGUCUUCAUCAAAGGAAGUCUUACCAUCCGCUUAGAAAUUGAACAGUGGUUUGAGAAAAAAUACUUUACUUAUUGCAGACGGAUGCUCAUACCACCCAACACAAUGAUUGAAAUGGUUGAUAUUUGGAUUGACUCUCUACUUGAUUUGCCUUCAGAAGAGGACGAAAGUUACCAUGAACUGCCAAAGGAAAUAACUGCUGUGCCUUUGAGGUUAGAAUAUAAGACGGGGGACAAGAGCGUCUCCGACAUUGAUAUUACAGUAUCUCAGAGGGAUGCAUUGGCUGUGUGUAAGGCAAUCAAUAAGAAAUACUUUUGGGAUGCUUUUGAGAAACAUGUUUAUACGACGACAGGUAUUCGAACAUCGAGUUUGAUCUUUGAACGCAUCACCAACUCUUUAGCCACGAUUCGAAGGGAUGGUACGAUCAAGGUGAGUAGAGAGCAUAGGUUGGAAGCAGUUCACCACCACGAGACCUACUCAUCAGACACAAUCUUUAACAGAUAAGUGGCUAUGCUUACAAAAAGUACGCAGUGAAAACCGUACAGCAUUUGCUAGAACUAGCUACCUUCUCUGUUUUCCAAGAUCAAUGAUACCCUGAUGCUUCAUGAUACGAAUGCCAUUUCGACAUUCUGCAAAUGCGGCUUUAUUCUCAUGAAAUAAAAACAAAAAAUAUGUUUCCAUGGAAAAAAAAGGAGGCGGGU